AUGGCGGACUCUGUGUCAUCGCCACCUAAGUCCAUCCACACGAUCGUGUUGGACGCCGGUCCCAUCCUCAAAAAUACCCCGCCGCUUUCUACCCUACUCGCCCAAUGCGAAGAACUUAUCACAACUCCCUCUGUGCUUGCCGAGAUUCGCGACCCCGAUGCCCGCCUCCGUGUUGAGACCCUGUACCUUCCAUUCUUGAAGCAGCGAUCACCCAACCCCAAAAGCUUCAAUGUCAUCAGUGAAUUUGCCCGCAAGACUGGUGAUCGCAGUGUCCUGAGUCGAACCGAUAUUGAGGUUUUGGCGCUUGCCUAUGAGAUUGAGUGUGAGCGCAAUGGAGGCGACUGGCGAUUGCGCAGUGUCCCUGGCCAGAAGCGUGUCAAUGGCAAGCCGCCUGUGAAGGAGGAAGAGAAGGUCGAGGGUGCCGAGGACAAUGGCGAUGCCGUUGCUGAGAGCACAGAGGAGGCUACCGUCACUGAAAACGUGGAGGAACCCAAGGAGGAGUCCAAGGAGGAGUCCAAGGUGGAGGAGCCUGUUCCCUCGCAAGAGAAUGCGCCCACAAGCGAGGACGUCGAUGAGCCCGCGGCUGAAGAGGAUACCCCAGAGGAGGACCAGAAUGAGGAGGAAGAUGACGCUGCCGAUUCGGAUGGCGGGGAAUGGAUCACACCCACCAACUACAAGACGCGGCUGGCCCGCGACGCUGGUGCCGAUUCCGUACCGGAGCCGAAGAUCAUGCAGGUCGCUACCAUGACUACCGAUUUUGCCUGUCAAAACGUUCUCCUGCAGAUGAACCUCAACCUGUUGUCACCGGCAACCUUGCAAAGAGUUUCGCAUCUUAAGACCUUCAUCAAGCGCUGCCACGCUUGUUUCUCUACCACCAAGGAUAUGAACAAGCAGUUCUGCGCUCGUUGCGGUAAAGACACACUCACCCGUGUUUCAUGCACCACUACUGCCAACGGUCAGUUCACUAUGCACUUGAAGAAGAAUAUGCAGUGGAACAAGCGGGGCAACGUUUUCAGUGUCCCUAAGCCCACCCACGGCAGUUCCAACGGAAAGUGGAAGGGUGGCGGUGGAAAGAACGGCUGGGGUCAAGAGCUCAUCCUUGCCGAGGACCAGAAGGAAUACACUCGAUCUACCGCAGAGGAGGAGCGCCGACAGCGCCGGGAGCGUGACCUCAUGGACGAGGACUACCUCCCCGGUAUCUUGACCGGCGAGCGGAACAGGAUGGGUGGUCGUGUGAAGGUUGGCGCCGGUCGUAACGUCAACUCCAAGAAGCGUUGA